AUGGCAUCUCCAGAUUCAAGCAAUCAAUCUGAUCCAUCCUCACAACUGAAUAUCUCAAAACCAUUCUUCCUCCAUUCGAACGAAAAUCCAGGAUCAACUUCUAGUGACAAUCAUCAUGUUGCUAAUGCAAGUGUUGGUAAUGGUUUGUCUGGAUUGACCUCUGAAUCUAUUAGUGUUCAUGGUGGUGUUGCUGACCUUGCUCAUUGGAGCACGAUUGGUCUGGGUAAAGAGUGCAAUGGGCUCUACCUGCUAGAAGGAAGCAAAGAUGUAGUGUUUCAUGAAGAAAUUUUUCCUUUUGAUGGUGCUAAUAAAUCAGUUUCAGAUCCUUUUCUUUUUCAUUCUAAAGUUGAUGACAUUGCCAAUUCCAGUUCAGUCAGUUCUUCUCCUCAAGAACCUCAGUCUUUCUUUCAAGUAGUUAAAGAUCCUUUGUGGAAAGAGACAAUGGAUAAGGAAAUUCAAGCACUUGAGAAAACUUAUACUUGGGAGCGUUCUACUUUACCACCUGGUAAAUCACCCAUUGGAUCCAAAGCAGUCACUGUUAGAGUCUUGAUUGCAUUAGCAGCUGCCAAAGCUUGGUCUCUUCAUCAAUUGGACACCAAUAAUGCUUUUCUACAUGGGGAUUUGGAUGAGGAAGUAUAUAUGUCUCUGCCUCUUGGUUAUCACAGUAAAGGGGGGAGUUCUUCUUCUCCUAUUGUUUGUAAGCUACUUAAAUCUCUUUAUGCUUUAAGGAAAGCUUCUAGACAAUUGUACACUAAACUUUCCAUCACUAUUCAACAUCUUGGUUUCAUUCAAUCUACUUCUGAUCAUUGCUUGUUUGUGCAUUCAAUUUUGGAUGCCAAAUUUGGAAUUAAGGACCUUGGUUCACUUAAAUACUUCUUGGGGCUUGAGAUUGCUAGAAGUGAGAAGGGUAUCAGCUUGAAUCAAAAGAAGUUUGCUCUCGAUAUAUUGAAAGAAACAGGCAUGAUGGGAUGCAAGCCUGUUAAUUCUCCUAUGGAGCAGCAGCUGAAGUUGUCUAAGGAUUCUGGAGACUUGUUGACAGAUUCGAACAAAUACAGAAGACUCAUAGGCAAACUAAUGUAUUUAACCUUGAGUAGACUUGAUUUGACAUAUGCAGUAAAAAGAUUGAAUCAGUUUUUGGCUAAAUCAAGGCAUUCACACAUGCAGGCAGCUACUAGAAUAUUGCAAUAUAUCAAGGGAACAUCAGGGCAAGGGGUAUUUUUCCCUAAUGAUUCAAAUUUACAAUUGAAAGCCUAUUGUGAUGCUGAUUGGAUGAGAAGGAACAACAUAAUAAGAGCAAUAUCAGUACUCCUAUUUUUGAGGUUAUCAUUUGCACAACCUCCGCCAGUAUCGAAAGCAACUCUUCACAAGGUGGCGGCUUCUCUAAAAAUGUACGUUGAUGAACUCCCUCAAAUGCCCAGGCUUUACGGUUAUACCACGACUUCUCCUCCUCAUGCCUCAAUCAAUCCUACAAAUCUCACCAUUGGCAUGUAUCAAAGUAAAUGGAAAUUUCAUCGUGAUUUACCAGCAACAACAGUGUUCGCCUAUGGUACGUCUGCCGCCACUGCAACUGUCCCGGGUCCCACAAUUGAGGCAAUCAAAGGGACACCAACAUCUGUGACGUGGCAAAAUCACCUCCCUCAAUCCCACAUACUGCCGUGGGACCCAACCGUCCCAACUGCCAUCCCUAAGGCCGGAGGUGUCCCUACCGUUGUCCACCUCCACGGCGGCGUCCACCCCCCUAAAAGCGACGGCCAUGCCCUCGCUUGGUUCACCGCUAAUUUUCGCGAAACUGGGCCCACUUGGUCCGGAUCUACCUACACCUACCCUAACGUACAACACUCGGGAAAUCUCUGGUAUCACGAUCAUGCCGUCGGCCUCACACGUGUCAACCUCCUGGCGGGUCUGAUUGGAGCCUACGUGAUCCGAGAUGCAGCUCUUGACAGUAGCUUAAAACUUCCAGUUGGCCCCGAAUUCGACCGCCACCUAAUGAUUUUCGAUCGGAGCUUCAACGUAGACGGAUCAUUGUACAUGAAUCGAACCGGAGACAACCCGAAUAUCCACCCGCAAUGGCAACCCGAAUACUUCGGCGACGCCAUCAUCGUCAACGGCAAGGCGUGGCCGUACUUAAAGGUCCAACGGAGGAAGUAUCGGUUUCGGAUCAUCAACGCCUCCAAUGCCCGACAUUUUCGGUUCUCGUUGACUAACGGAUUAUCAUUCAUUCAAGUCGGAUCCGAUUCAUCGUACCUGCCCCGCCCGGUGCGCACCCGAAGCAUCCUCUUGUCUCCAUCUGAGACAGCCGACGUGAUCAUUGACUUUUCAGCCACGUCAGCUAGCGAAUCCGAGUUGACCAACGACGCACCAUACCCGUACCCGACGGGUAACCCGGUUGACGAGCUGAACAGCAAGGUUAUGAAAUUCAUAAUCAUUCCCGGAGUUCCGAACCCCCCGGACAAUUCGCGGGUCCCACGGAGUCUAAAAGCUUACCAACUGCCGACGACGACGGCGGCCACGGCGAGGAGAUACAUAACGCUGUACGAGUACCAGAGCGCCGCCGGGACUCCGACGCACCUGUACAUAAACGGAAAGAGGUUCGAGGAUCCGCCGACGGAGACGCCGAAGUCUGGCAGCACGGAAGUGUGGGAGGUGAUAAACUUGACCGAAGAUAAUCACCCUCUGCACAUACACUUGGCUACGUUUCAGGCAGUGAAGGUGCAGCAGAUGGUGGGUUUGGAUGUUUUCGCGGCGUGCAUGGGGAGGAAGAACGACGCCGUGGGGUGCAACGUAACGGAACAUGCGACAGGAAAGAUUGUGGAGGUGCCGGAGAACGAGAGGACGUGGAAGAACUCGGUGAAGAUAGCGCCGGGAUGUCAAACGACGGUGGUGGUGAAGUUUAAUUUGGUGGAUGGGGGUGGUGAGUAUCCGUUUGAUGCAACUGCAGAUCCUGGCUACGUCUACCAUUGCCAUAUUUUGGAUCAUGAAGACAAUGCUAUGAUUCGUCCACUGAAGCUAAUUUCCUAA